CAUAACUAAUAGGCCUAGUUCAUUCAUCAUGACCACCACCUUCGUCAUAGCCGCAGUGUUGGUGCUGAUGAUCUUUAACGACCACAACACCCUCGUCGUCGUCAAAGGCGAUCCCGACACGUCCUUUCACUUCAAAUGCUGCGGCUCCACGUCCGACGCCAGCGGCCAAGCGAGGACCAACGCGCUGGCCGUCAUGGAUGCUGCGAUUGCUCUCGUAUCGCCCGGGAAAGGGUUUCACGCGUGUGACUAUGGGCAGGACGGGCCGCUCGCCGGCUAUGCUAGAUGCUACCCCAGUUCCAGCUCCGGCGAGGACUGCAAGCUGUGUCUGUACAACGCUCAGUUCCGGGUGGUCGACGUCGAGUGCCCCGGCGUCACCGAGGUCGGCUCGAACUUGAGGAUUGUGCUGUGGAAUACUCAACCGCUAGGCCGUGCCUCGCGGAUAUGCCGGGUUGUCCUCUACCCUAGAUAAAACUAAUGGAAGCUGAUCGAUCGGGCUAGGUGCAUGUAUGGAAUAAUAAAUUGCAUGUGAU